GGCCAAAUGUCAUGUCAUGACAUUUAGUUUAGACUUGCACAUUACAUGGACUGUGUAUCUACCGUUUAGUAAAAUAACAAGAAACUACAAAACUGUGUAUGAAUAUAUGUUACAAUAGUUUUAUAUCGCGAUGGCGACCCCCGCGGACGUGCGAGCCAUUUUCGAGGCCAAGUUAAAAGAAGGAAUACCCAAUCCUCCAGGAGAGUUUCAUCCUUUGGACUUGGAACGGGCAAAGGAUGAUAAAUACUUAACAAGGUUGUUAUUACACCAAGAAAAUGACGCGAAAAUGGCUGCCGAAAUGUUAUGGGACAUUCUUGUUUGGCGGAAAACGAAUAAUGUGAACGAUAUCAAUGAAAACACCGUGAAUAUGGACUAUAUAAAAGAAGGUGCGUUUUUUCCUCAUGGACGCGAUGUAGACGGGAAUUUACUGCUUAUAAUCAAGUCUAAAAUGCACGUGAAAGGUCAAAAAGACUUCGAGGAGCUUAAGAAAGUGAUCAUAUACUGGUUUGAUCGCACAGAAAGAGAGGAACAAGGUAAACCUAUUACUUUAUUCUUUGAUAUGGACGGCUGUGGUCUCGGAAACAUGGACAUGGAGCUUAUUAAGUAUUUAAUUAGUUUGAUGAAGCUGUACUACCCAUAUUUCCUGCAUUAUAUUAUCAUCUACCAAAUGCCUUGGGUCUUGUCUGCUGCGUUCAAGGUUGUGAAAUCGCUGUUACCAGCUAAAGCUGUUGAGCGUAUGAGGUUUUCAACUAAAGACAAUUUGAAGGAUGUUGUGGCUCCUGAGCAGGCGUUGACAUGCUGGGGCGGCAAGGACCCGUAUGUGUUUGAAUUUGUUCCAGAAAACAGAGGUACUAAUGAUGUACACACACCGAAAAAGGUUACAUUUGCAGAGCAAGGAGACAACCAACAUUCUCCCGGAGAAAUGCUAAGACUCAAUCCGAACGAUACAAUCGUUUUCAAGAAUGAAAAUGAUGAGAUAUCAGGACAAUUCACUAUAACCAAUAUGGAUGAAAGUGCCAUAUCCUUUAAAAUAAGAACUACUUCCCCUGAGAAGUUUCGAGUACGACCCAGCUCUGGUACACUAGCUACUGGCUCGUCACAAACUGUACAAAUUGUGGUGCAGCCAGGAUUCCAAUUCCGUACUGUCACUAAAGACAGGUUCCUCGUAAUGUCUGUACAAAUCCCGAAGCUGGAUGUUACACCGAAGGAGCUCACCGAUAUCUGGCAGAAGUCGUCCGGCAGUAAAGUUGAUGAGUACCGGCUGAAGUGUCACUUCCCCGAGAAGGAUAUGCCGAAGAAUGGAAGCAUGGUGGACGGUAGGAGUCAGGAUAAGCCAGAUUCAGUUACAAACGCUUUAAAUAACUUGCAGGUUAACUACGAAAUGCUGCAUAAACAGGUUAAAAUGCUUAAAAUAUAUCAACUGUUUACGUUGAUUCUAACAGCUUGUGCUGUUUUUCUCGGUUACCUGGUCUAUAAGAGUUCCAACGAAGAUAAGUAUUGUGAGCGCAUGUAGCCUAUAGAAAUGGUGGUAUUUGAUACCACUGUGGACGUCAAUGUCUUGUUAAAUGGUUUCUUAAUGUUUAUAUUGAUAAUUAAUACUGUUAUCUUUGUUAUAUAUUGCCAGUUAGUGCGUAAGGUGGAACGGUUGCAUGCUACUUAGAUUUACUGAUGUACCAGUUUCCAAAAUUGCAGAAUUAUUCACUUGGAAAAAUAUUGUAACUGUUUUGUAUAGGGCUUUUUUUUUAACAAAAAAUGAAAACUUACUUUAAUUCAUAUGAAAGCUUCUAGCGGUUUCCAGGAUCAUUUUGAACGUAUAAUUCUUGAAUAAAGUUCUUAUUAGAUUUAAUAAAAAUUUUGAAAAAAACCGUAGCUAUAUUAAAAUGUAUUCUGAGUUAUAAUUUUAAGAGGAAAGGGGACGACCAUUUCUCCAUUCAAAUGUUCAACAACAUUCAACAAAAUGGAGAAAAUUCAAAAUACCUAUACAUACAAUAAAUUGUCUCAAAAUAUUUACCAUAAUGUCUAUGGAAGGUAGAGGUAAGGAAUGCAAAUCUUCAUAGGCAGAACUGAUGCAAAAGUGUCCAGUUGUCAGCUAUAAAUAAUAGUUCCAAAUCUCUCCAGAGUAGCGCUAAAGUAGCUAAAUAACCUAGGCGUUAUUGACGGAGUGAAGUGCGCUGUCAAUGAUUGAUAUUUUUUUUCAAGUAUUCUAGGUAUUGUAGCGCCACCUACAAAAAAGGUUAUUUGAUGACACUUUUUGGCAUAUGGAGAUUCCAUUCCUUACCUCCACCUUCCAUAAUAAUGUCAAUAUCGAGGGAGGAAAAUUGGAACUGUUUAUAUGGAAAACACGUUGUCCAAUAACGUCUUAACUCAGGUACUUUUCUUUUUUACUCGGGUACUAAAAACCAAAUGUAAUGCAAAAUACAUAUUACUUUAAUUGGAGGAAACUGGAGGGAAUAAAAACUGUUGACUGCUACUUAACAGGUAAUAAUUUCUUGCGAUGUUUUUAUUCCAAAGUGCGCGAUUCUAAAGAUAUUCAUAUAUUUAAUAGACUAAUUAUUUAUAAUCACCUAUUAAUAUUAUUUACUUAAGCUUAAAAUAAGAUUCAAGGUUUAUUGAAGAUGCGCGUAUUGUGACGUUCUACGGGUAUAAAGGUACGGUCACGUCUGAAAAUAUCGAUACGAAAAAAGUGCCAAAAAUAUGUAUACACGACUUUAUUGUCCAUAUACCUCUAUUAAGGUAGUGUAUACGUAUUUUUGACACAUUUUUCGUAUCGAUAUUUUCAGACGUGACUGUACCCUAUGGCGGUUGGCGCUUACGCGUAGCACCGCAUUGGUAUUGGAGUCAAAGUGGAACGUCACAUAUCAUUUUCAAUGAUCUUCAUUUGCGUGUUCGGUUCGUAUUAAUUAAACUGCCAUUAGUUUUAUCGUUAAUUGCUCGCUUCAUUUGUAACUGGGCCAUUUUAUUUAAUCUUGUACAGUCGCCAUCAGAUAUAUCGGAGCGGCCGAGGCGCUCAAAAAUAUCUAAACACGCACUCGUUACCCCAGUGUGGUCGCACAUUGCACCUGCAAUAAUUUACGGGCUGGAUAUAUAGGUCAUACUGAGCGACUAUUACUAUGGGACUAACCACGAAAUCGCGAAAAAAAAUUAUUGCAGGUGACUAAAAAACUGUAUAUCAGUCACUUGAGACCGCACCAGUGACGGUCUCAGCGGUAGAACGCAAUCGCUGUGAUCGAAAACAGCUAGAAGAUGAUGAUGAUAUUAUAUUAUUGAUGAUUUAAUGGCGACUACACUUUUUUCAGCUUUGGGAUUUUUUGUUAUUUUUUACACAAAAUCAUGUGUUAUUUCGAUGCUAAUAGGCGAAAAGUGUCCAAAAAUUUCCAUACAUUUGUCAAAAUCUAUCAAAAUCUCUGCCAGACUAUCUUGGUCUGCCUAUGUCUAUGACAAAGUCUAUGAAACUGAAUGGAAAUAAACAAUAUGGAA